AUGUACCGCAAGAAGAGAACCAAGACCAUAGAGAUGGAUGACUACUUUGUUGGACCCCGGUCGAUCGACAAGCACUCUAGGUGGCCGACCUUCAUGAGGAUGCACGGCAGCAUCUUGCCCAACAUGCUGCUGCCCUUGUUCUUCAUUGGUUGCUGGGCCUCGCUGAUCACCUGCUUGUCCCAGUUCAUUUACCAGCUCGGUGUCUCCAACAUCCUUCUCACGGUUCUUGGUUUCGUCGUUUCGCUGGCCAUCUCCUUCCGCUCGUCAACAGCCUACGAGAGAUACUCGGAAGGCCGGAAGUACUGGUCGCAAUUGAUGCUCGUAUCUCAGACUCUGGCCCGCGAGAUCUGGAUAUCCGCAAGCGAACGUGAAGGAGAAGAGGGCAAGGAAGACGUCCUGGCCAAGCUGACCGGCCUUAACCUCAUCGUCGCCUUCGCCAACGCGCUCAAGCACAAGCUGCGCUUCGAGCCCUACAUCCACUACGAGGACCUUCAAGGCCUCGUGCAAUUCCUUGACACUUUCGCCAAGGACGCCGAGGAACCCGACCUGCUCCAGCCGCGUCGCGUGUCGACGUGGAAGCGCGCAGGCACGUACCUCGGCGUGCCUAUGGCCGAGUCGAAUCCCCGCAAGGAACUCAAACGCGCCAAGAAGCCUCUGGGAAACCUGCCUCUGGAAAUCCUCAGCCACUUGACUACCUACAUCGACAGCCUCGUCGAACAGGAAAGGCUCAAGGGUUACCACACGAACGUAGCCACGAGUUCAAUUACUCAGAUGAACGAUGUGCUGAUCGGUUGUGAGCGUGUACUGAACACGCCGCUGCCUAUCGCUUACACCAUCGCCAUCAGCCAGAUCACGUGGCUCUACGUGCUGCUGUUACCGUUUCAGCUGUGGCCUGAGCUCAAGUGGGUGACGAUUCCCGGAACUAUGGCUGCGGCGUACAUCAUCCUCGGCUUCGAAGUCAUCGGACGCGAGAUCGAAAACCCGUUUGGUAACGACGUUAACGAUCUGCCGCUCGACGACUACUGCAACCAACUGGCUGGAGAGAUUGAUAUCAUCGCCUCAGCACCUGCUCCUAAGCCCGAAGAGUUCAUCAAGCGCCAAGACAAUCUUGUUCUCUUCCCCUUCAGCGCGAAUGGCUACGGCGCCUGGAAUGCCAGGCCUGUAGAACAGGUCCGCGAGCGCUUAAGGAGCAGGCCGCACCAGACCAUGGAGCAGGUCCAGGAGACAAGGAAGACGGUGCACAAGAAGAACAAGAGGAGAAAGGAGGAAGUGUAG